UUCCGCCAUCUCAAGAGCGUCGGCCAUCGCCAGCGUGCAGCGGCGCAAGCCGCCCGCGCCCUCUUGCGCGCGAGCGUGCAUGCAUGCCUGCCUGGGUGUCCCUGGCAGGAGGCGCAGCCUGUACUGUAGCGGCAAACGGCGACCAGAUACUUCGCCGCCGUUUGGCCUCUCUUUCGUAGUUUGCGGUGUGGGUGGCCGCCCGGGAGGCCGAGCUGGCCCGCGCUUUAGCCGCCGCCGCCGCCGCCGCCGCCACCUCAGGAGGAGGAGUUAGCGGGGGUUGUUCAUCGCGUGUUUGUCUUGCCGCCGCUUCGGAAAUCGCGCGGGAAACCGAGCAACUUCUCACCGCAGGUCGUUUUUUUUUUUCCGUCCUCCUUCUGCCACGGGGUGGCGAGUUGUUUUUCGGUAAAGUGAUUGACCUGUGAGAGUGAUAGGAAGAGGAGGAGGAAUAGGAAGUUGAAGAAGAAGAAAAAGAAGAAGGAAAAGAGAGGGAGGCGGCGAUGGCGGCCUCAGUGGCACGCGCUGCUGUGGUGCAUCCGUGUCGGUCAUCCGUGGUGGGCGGGCGAGAGGAUUUCGCGACGCAUGCUCAACAGGUUAGUGCGUCACUGCCAGUGGGUCGAUGGCGCGCAGCACAAGGCUCUACGUCCACGCCACGUGGCGAUUUCUUCGCUUCCCGCUUAGGUCGCGCCGUCGACAGGGCGGUACCGUGCUGCCGCAGCCGUCGUUGCCGCAGCAUCUUCGCCGUCGCUGCGCUCGCUGCACCGCCCAGGGGCGGUAAUCUCCAGGAUCUCUUGGCGGACGCGCAGGAGAGGACGCGGAGAGCGCUGGUGAAGUCUAAGGAGGAAGGCGACGGUGCGGGCUUUUCCUACGACGACUUCAGGGAGGCACUGGGGAAAUUCGAUUUCAGUUUCGAACUGGGGGACGUCGUUAAAGGAGUGGUCUUUCGGACGGAUCAUACAGGUGCGUUGAUCGACAUUGGUGCAAAGGCAACUGCCUUCAUGCCGCUGCAAGAGGCAAGCAUUGAGAAAGUGAGGAGCGUUGAGGAGUUGGGGCUAACUCCAGGAACUGAGGGAGAGUUCAUGAUAAUCAGAGAUGAUGAUCCUGAUGGUGUCCUGAUACUUAGUCUCAGGGCCAUUCAGUAUAAUGCUGCUUGGGAGAAGUGCAAGCAAUGUUUGGAAGACGAUACCACUGUCAUGGGCAAGGUCAUUGCUGUCAACCGCGGAGGAAUCCUGGUCUCGAUCGAUGGGUUGCGAGGGUUUGUACCCUCGUCCCAUUGUGCAAUGAGGACCCAGAGAGAGGAUCUGGUAGACCAGGAGAUUCCGUUGAAGUUUUUGGAGGUGGAUGAGGAGAGGACCCGGCUUGUCCUGAGCAACAGGAGGGCCAUGGCAGAGAACCAGUUAGACUCCUUCAAGGUCGGCGAUGUCGUUGUUGGCACAGUGCAGACUGUGAAGCCAUAUGGUGCCUUCAUUGACAUCGGUGGAGGUUUGAAUGGUCUGCUCCAUAUCAGCCAGAUCAGCCAUGACAGAAUCACAAACGUAGAGACGGUUCUCAGCGAGGGCGAUGAACUCAAGGUUAUGAUUCUCAGCCAAGACAAGGAGCGAGGAAGGAUCAGUUUAUCAACAAAGAAACUGGAGCCCACCCCAGGCGAUAUGCUGCGCAAUCCUAGUCUUGUGUAUGAAAAGGCUGAUGAGAUGGCAAAGACAUUCAGGGAAAGAGUUGCUGCUGCGGAAGCGGCGGCGAAGGCGGAGGAGCUCCGGCUGCAAACAGAGGGAUAUGGACUUCUGGAUGAUCUUGGGGCUGAUCUGGGCCUAGAUGACCUGGACCUGGACUAUGUCCCAUUGACAGGCACAGAAUAAGCAGGAACAUAUUACUGAGACGAGGCUGUUGUGUACGGUGUACAGUGGCCAGGCAGCAGAGUGAGGCGGGGGGGGGGGAGAGAGAGAAGGAGAGUCGUAUUUACCGGGGGGAAGUGUUACUUCAGUUGGUUUAAGGAUUUUGGAUUGCAACAUCUUGUCCAAGUCCAUUGGACGGACCAUCAUCACAACAAAAAAAUUAUCAAGUGCAGUUACAUGGCGUCCCCAUAAGUGGAGAAAUCACUACUCUAGUGGAGAAUGACUACUCGAGAAUCCCUCUUCCUUUUUACUAGCGAUCCUCUCGUCUUACUAUACAAGCAUUGAAUUGGUUGUGUCGUUGGCGAGUUGUUUCUUUCUUGUGUUUCCUUCUCUUGUCAAUCAUGAAUUAGCACCCAUUGUCAGGAUGGACAAGAAGAGCCUAGUAGGAACAUUGUCAUGCAUUUGAUGAGCAGUACAGAGUGGGAGGAGGGAGGAGUACAGAGUGGUAGGAGGGAGGAAUACAGGGUGGGAGGGGCCGAAAGGAUUCCCAUUCCAUUUGUAUGUAUGCCAUGUAUGUAGACAUAUGUAUUGAUGAUCCAUAUACAUACAUAUGUAUGUAUGUAUGUAUGUAUAUGUAUGUACAUGCAAGUCGAUCGCAAGUCGUUUGUUGGAAAAUGUUUGAUAUGUGUAUUGUUUGUUGUACUCUUUUUCUAGUGGACCGACCAAUUUGUGCUGUACUUGCUUGCAAUCAAUGGAGCAUGGCAGUGGAGCCACUUCUCGUAGCAGUCAUGGAAGGAAGAGGAUGGGGGCGGGGGAAGGGAGANGGGGGCGGGGGAAGGGAGAAGGGGGAAGGGGGUGGGGGGUGAAUAUGUUUGGACUCUUUGUGCUUUGCUGUUGCUAGCACAAAGCAGCCAUUGAAUUGUGUUGCAAUCGGUGUGUCGUUUGUUAGUUUUUGUUUUUUUUGUCAUAGACGGGCUUUUUGAGUAGUUACGUGUGCAGUCGUCAUUGCUGAAAACGUUAACUUGUUUGCAGAGUGUUUUCUGUUCGCUGUCUUGGACAGUCACCAAUCGAGGCCACCGUUUACCCAUGUGAGUCGAUCUCCCUGGACCGAGCGAGGGUGCGCUGCAUCCAUUUCGGUUUUAGAUUACUUUUGCCUUUCUUUUCAACCUUCUACAAGGUUUGGGACAGCUGCUGACUCCUGUUACGUCCAAGGCUCAUGCAAUGGAGGUUGAUUGACGUUGGUGUCCUGCCGUCUCCGGUCAGCUUACACACUACUGAUGUGCACUUGUGCAAACGGAGAGCUUGUUGAGAUAAUUUGUUUUUGGUCGAGCGGAUUUGUUGAUGAUGUGAAAGAUGUACAAUCAUAUACUACAAUGUGUAUUGUCAA